AUGUGUGAACGUGAGUCUGCAGAAAACAGCAUGGAAAUACUUUCAGAAACGGAGAUACAUUCAGAAACGGAGAUACAUUCAGAAACGGAAAAUGCGCAGUCACCAGACUGGGGGAAUCUGCCAUGGACGGUCUUGUCAAGAGUGUUUCAUUUCUUAGACGACAAAACACGGUGUAGAGCAGCGAUCACAAAUAAACAUUGGCGAGAAGUUUUCAAGACACCCCGACUCUGGAGAAGACGUCACUUUAGACUAUACGGAAACUUUCGCGACCAUCGAGCGUUGAGGUACGCCCGCAGCGUCGGGCGUUUUUUGCGGAGUGGCCAUUUGACUUGCGGCUUGCACAGCGAUAGAUUUGCAAAACGGUUUCAAAAGUCGCUUACUAGCUAUUUGAACCAUCUAUUCCUACAGAGAGUGCAGCUACAGGAGUUCUCCAUCACCCGAUUGGAGUUCAACAGAUACUUCAGAGAUGCCGUGGUCCGAUCCCGAGUACGCAAAUCAUUAGUGAGAUUUUUACGAUUUCAACGAAAAGUCAAAUUUGUUGACAUGACGUCUGCGUGGACUAGCGAAAAUGAUGGUAAUUCUAUUCUGGAUGCUGUUGCCAGACAGUGCCACGCUUCCGUUACGCACCUCCAUCUAGAAGACUUCUUCGCUUCACACAUGCCAAUUUAUUUAUCGCAAGAAUUCACGCUGACAAUGUCUAAGUUUAGUAACUUGAGAGUUUUAAACUUGAACUACAACUGCGUGUCGAACAGCUUACUUUUGUCUCUCGCUGAAAAUUGCGGCCACAGUCUUAAAACAUUCAACAUCAAGUGUUUCAAAGAGGAUCCACAUUCCCAAGAUAUCUGGCGAAGUUCGUGGGGAGAGCUCCGUGAUUCCUGCCACAAUUUAAAUACUAUGUGCGUCUGUUUUGACGGAAUCACGUCAUAUAGCGCUUUGAGGGGAAUUCUGAGUCCCGCGAUUCCGUUGACUCAUUUGGAAGUGUACGGAGAAAAUGAAGAAGACACCUUCCAGCCUGAUCAAAUAAUGCAGCACUUGGCCACAAACUUUUCAAAAACCUUGCGGGAAGUCUUCUUCGAUGCACAACCUUUUUCGUGGGAUAUUGACCAGGGCGUGGUGCAUCUGGUUAAAAACUGUCCACAACUUAUCAAGCUGGAGUUUAAGGCCAUGGUUGUUAACCUGUAUGCCAUUGACGAAGUGUUGCGUAACCUGAAACACAGACUGGAAUCGACCAAAGAACCAAACCCACGUUUAGAGGUAUUUCGAUUGAUACUAAACAACAUGCCAGUGUCGUACUAUGAACAAAUGGCGGACGUAUUUAAACAAUAUCAAGACUAUUUCAAUAAUUCUCAUAUUGAUUGUCACAUGCAAGGAUUCGUUAACGGCAUGCCUGUGAUACAUAUUUGA